AUGUAUCGCUUUAAGAACAAAAAAUUCGUUGUGACCUUUAACAUAGUAAGAAAUAUGGGUAAUGAUACAUUACUUUCUAAAUUAUUAAUCUUUCUGUAUACCUUAACCUAUUUUUACAAUACGUAUAUCGGUACCAUAAAUACAUAUUUUUAAAAAUGGAAAGAAGAAUAAUUUUAUGAAUGAAAUUUUUACAAAAAUGCAUGGGUUCUUUUUUAGCCACUCUUAAAAGAUUUUAUCGAAAGACAAAUAUAUUGCUCAGUGAUGGAAAAUUUGAAAUUACGCUUGAUCAAAGAAAACUCAAGACACCACAAAGAAAAAUAUUACAAGUGGAUAGCAAACCUUUAGCUUUAGCUGUAGCAGCAGAGUGGGAUAUGCAAAAAAAUAUUAUUGACAAAAGUAGUAUGCAUCUGACAGCCUUAUGUAAUACUGUAAUAGAUAAUCCUCACGAUCAUACAAAGCAAGAUAUGGUAAAUUAUAUUGUGAAUUGUUUGGAAAUGGAUACAGUAUUAUUUCAUUCAUAUGAAAAUGAAGAAUUGUAUAAAUUACAAACUGAAAAUUGGGAUCCACUAGUACAAUGGUUUUGUGACAAUUAUGGAGUAAAUUUGAUUAAAACUCAAAGUAUAAAAGCUCCUACGGUACCUUCAGAAACUAAAACAAUAUUGACAAGACACUUAAUGUCUCACAAUUACAGUGCCGUUUGUGCUGUUAUAUAUGUAGGUCUUAUGUACGGAGUGGAUGCAAUCAAAUCUGUAAUUCUUACUCUAGCUGCAGCAGAAAGAGUAAUUAGUAUAAAAGAAGCAGUGAAACAGUCACGUUUGGAGGAAAAUUAUCAAGUUUCUCACUGGGGAUCUGUAGAGUGGUUUCACGAUCAUAAUAAAUAUGAUUUGCAAAGUCGUUUAGCUGCAGCUAUCUUAUUUAUGCAUUUGAAUUCUUACUUUGUGUCGUGUCAACCAAAAAUAGAUAAAAAUUUUGAAGUAUGGCAAGAUGGAUUAACAAAAGAUAAUGAUGCCUCUGCUGGUAUGGAACAGUCGGAACCCAUCCACUCUUUUGUACAAAUACAACUGAAAUAA